AUGACUUCUGAUCUUGAUGAUAUAUACGCUCGAUAUCCACAACGGUAUGUCAAUACAACUCAUGAAGAUUAUAGCACCGAUGAAAAAAAAGAAAAAACAAAUUCUCUUGGAUUUAUUACAAGUCCUUCUGAAACAGUAAUUCAACAAACAACAGAUGGUGAUAGUGAUCUUGAAGCUGAUGUAAAUACUUUACCAAAUUUAAGUGAAUUUAUUCCGAAUGAUAUCCUUCAAGUUCUAUAUCAAACACGAGAAUGGAAAUUUCAAACAACAAUUAAUGAAUUAAUUCAUACUCAACGUACACAUUUAAAGAGUUUAAAAAUUAUGGUUAAAUGUUUUCGUGAACCCAUGGAACGAUUUCAUGGUAUGAGUCCAGUUGAACUUGAUUGUAUAUUUCGAAAUCUUGAUCAACUUAUUUAUUUACAUACUCAAUUUAAAUAUGCACUUCGUCAACAUCGUGAAGAAGCUAAAGAUCAUGUUGUACGAAAUAUUGGUGAUUUAAUUCUUAAAUUUCUUGAUGGUGAAAAAGGUGAAGAAUUUGCUCGUGCUUGUGCAUAUUUUAUUGAAGAUCAAUCACAAGCAUUAAAACUAAUUAGAAAAAAAGAACAAUCACCAGAUUUUGCAUCACUUAUGCGAAUGUGCGAAUCUAAUCCAUUAUGUCGUCGUUUAACAUUAAAAGAUUAUUUACCAUCUGUAAUGACACGUUUUACGAAAUAUAAAAUGUUAUUUGAAGCAAUGAAAAAAUUUGCUUCAGAAGAUCGUAUUGAAUCAGAAAAAUUAACUCGAUGUAUUGAAUGUGCUGAUAAUAUAUUAAAACAUAUGAAUGAAGCACGUUUAAAAAAAGAACAAGAAGCAUUAUUAAAACAAAUUAAAGCAAAUCUUGAUAUACAAAUACCGAAUGAUGAAAAACUACAAAAUCUCCAAGAUUGUCUUGAAGCAACAAACAAUCGUUUAAUUUAUUCCGGUACAUUAAAAUUAUUACCUGAUUCAACAACACAAAAAGCUGAAUUUGAAUGCUGUCUUUUUAAUGAUAUAUUUGUUUUUUUUCAAAAAAUUCCUAUACAAUCAUUAGAACAACGUGGCAUUGAAGAAUCAUAUAAAUAUGUUUUAAAAGAACAUCAACGUGAUGCUACUAGUGGACGUCAUCAACGACCACGUACAGUUGUAAAUCCUAAUAAAUAUCCAAGUGGACAGAAUUUUAUUUUAACACCUAUUAUUCGACUUGAACAUUUAUUAAUUAAGAAAAAAGCAUGUGGAGGCGCUCGUUCUUUUUAUGUCAUUGACACAGAUAAAAAACAAUUAAUUGAAGUCGAAGCUAACUCAAAAGAUGAUCUUGAAAAAUGGCUAGAUUGGAUUGAAAAAGCUCGAAAACCAUUUGAAAAAACAAAAUCGUUUCCAUAUUCUUCAAAAGAAAAAAAUUUACAUUCAUCUUCAUCAACAUUAACAAUUCAAUCAACGAUUAGUGAAGAACAACCAAAUAUUCAAAUAAUUGAAACAAAUGAAAAAAAUACACCGGAAUCUAUAUUAAAUUCCAUAACGACAACUGAUACAGAAAUAAAACGUUUAUUACAUGAAAAACAAAUGCUUCUAUCAUGUCUUCUUAACAUUCCUCAAGAUACAUCAAGUUUUUCUCUGCAUUCGAUGAAACCAAAUACAUCAUUAGAAGCAGUUACAUAUGCAACUAGUUAUCACAAUCAAUUAACGCAAAUAAUUAAUCAAAUAUCAAAUGAAAUAGAUAAAAAUAUUGACAUACAAUCUAUUGCAACACCUUUAAUUAAACUUGGUGAACAAUUAACAUUAACUUUAAAAUUGUUAAAUCAAGAUUCAAAAAAUACAGAUAAUGAAAAUGUAGUAUUUCGAAGAAAUAGUAGUUCAUUUAAUGCAACACCAUCAACGAACACCGAUUCAUCUCAAACAUAUUCUGAUUUAUCAAUAUCAUCUCUUCAUUCAUCGAAAUCACUUGGUUCAGUACUAAAUUCAUAUCAACAACAACCACAGCAACAGCAAUCAUCAAUCACUGAUUUAGAUGAAACAGUUAAAUCAACACCAUUAAAAGAAUUACAAGUUGCUAGAGAAGUUGUUGAACGCUAUGAUGAAGGAGUAUUUGAUGAUGGUGCUGGAAGUCAAACUGAAGAAGAAGAAAAUAAUAGUGUAGUUAUUGCUGAUAGUGAUGAUGAAGAUGAAAUUGAACAUUUUGAUUCAACUGAUUGUAUUAUGAAAAAUGUUGAUAAUAAUCAGCAACAAGUAAAUGAUGAUUAUUUAGAAAAUACUAAAAAUAAUCAAAAUGAUCGAAAUAAUUCAAGUAAUACAUCAAUGGAAGGUCAAGCAAUUAAUUUAGGUAAAAAUUAG